AUGGCAACAUGCAGCGGCGCAUUUUCGGGAAAGCGCGGUACAAGCUGGGCUGGCCGUUCGGUGCGGGAUCUGAUCAGAAGGCGCCAAAGCACGACUGCCGCAAGUAGAGGUACAAGCACGCGCGAGACUAGCCGUCGGACAGGUCUGCGUCGGACCGUCAGACCCGGCAAGCGCUGGGAGCACAUCUUUGUGGAUGCACAUCAGUCACGAGCAUUUCUGGCUGAUCUUAGACAGCGCUCCAAACAGCCAGCCAGGUCUAGUGUCCAAGAUCUGAUGGCAACGCAAGCAAAAGCUCGUCCGUCUGACCAGGAGCUCACGGCCGAGUACAACGCACGUCGAAGUGCCAUACAGGCCCUCGUUGCCAAACUCAACGAGCUACAAUCAGAAGGAGACGAGUACGCUGCCGUGAUUGACACGCUUACGGCGGCAAAGGCGAAAGAUGCAGACCGUAAAUGCUUUCGUAUGAUCCACGGCGUGCUCGUCGAGCGGACUGUCAAAGAUGUCUUGCCCGCCCUCGAGACAAACUUCAGUGGGAUUCGAGAGAUACUACAGAGUUUGGCAGCGCAGUACAAAAAGCAAGAAGAGGACUUUCAGCGAUGGCAGAAGACGUACAAUAUCCGAGUCGUCAACUGA